CAGUGUUACACCUGCACUGAACCCAUGGAUGUCAGCUACUGCCUGGCCGUCACCCACUGCCCAGAGAACACCACUGCAUGCAAGACGACCGUCCACUCGGUGGAUUCAGGUUUCCCCUUUUUUGGAAACAUCACAGUCAGCAAAUCUUGCUCCAAAACCUGUGUGCCCUCUGAGCCGGACAUCAUUGGCGACAAUCAUCCCGACUACUGCUGUCACACGGAUUUGUGCAACGUGGGUGCGGGUCAGGCAGCCACGGCAGAGUUCAGUGCCCUGAGCUUCACCAUCGUCCUCGCCGUGUCUCUGCUCUGGCUUCAAGGAUAA